CUCAGCGCUUGCUCUUUUGUACUCCAAACGCAGCCCAAGCCGGCGACCAGCGGGUCUGGCGAGACCACUCGGCCCCUCCCGGGUCCUGGGCCCACGCGUGCUCCCACUUUUGGGUCCUGCCGUGGGUGGUCUAUGUAGCUGCAAGACAGGGCAGCCCCCACAACAAGCACCACUGGACGCCAUCGACGCGACAAGAUGACGUGGCCGAGUAGGGCCCUCGCGGACCCGCCCGAGGACUACCAUGCGGCCCUCCAGGACAUGCCGCCGCCCACUUCUGAGGUAAGAAUGAUGGACCCGAUGGAAGAAAAGAAAAAGUCCGUCUGGAAGCAUAGCGACUUAAAUAUUGCGUGCCACAACCAGAUGUGCCGCGUGAACCAUCCCGUGUUUGCCGGGGUGUGUAUUGGUUGUGGCCAUUGGGUGCGGAAAGCUGAUGUACCUGGCUAUAAUAAGGCUCCUCGUAUCGAGAACGUCGACGUGCCCUAUGCCUUGCUACGGGCAGCGAGAUACCACAAGAAUAGGAGGGAGGAGGAUCCUCCUCCAUACGGCGCGCGACGCAUGCGCGAAUCGGGCUGGAUCCCGGCAGAAGGCAAGCCCCACCCCAUGUGCUUCUGGGCCUUGCCUGUUCUGCCGAAGGACCACUACGAGCGGGUCUACGACGCGGAUAAGUCGCGGCAUUUGCGAGAUGCCGCGAUGACAGGGGAUAUACAGAUGCUCAAAGAAGUCUUAGGUUAUGAGAACAUCGACGUGAACGCCAGAGCCGAGGACGAGUGCACCGCUCUCCAUUUAGCGGCGCAAAAUGGGGAAUUGAAAGUAGUCCAGAUUUUACUGGAUGAUGGGCGAUGCGACGUCGACGCGUUGGAGCAUAGAGAUUCGACGGCCGCACACCUCGCCGCGAGACAGGGCUUCACGGACGUCGUGGAAUUGCUCGCGACGCACCCGCGAGCCAUCGGGAACAUGGCCCUCAGAGAUUACGAUGGAAGGACCCCGGCGGACGUCGCGUACGCCGCAGGGCAUGUCAGUUGCGGCGACGCCAUCGCUAAAUUAACAACGGAUGCAUUAGGUAUGAGGUUAAGAAAGUGGGCGGCGAAAGAGGCGGAACGCAUGCUCUUCGCCACGAAGCGGUACUCGAUACUGUACGGGCGGGACCCGGAGCCCUACUCGCUGCCCUUCAGCUUCGCCGAGGAGCCGCCCAUCUUCAAGGAAGCUGUUGAAGAGGACGAGGCCGAGGCGCCCGCGCCGGCCGUCGACGAUGAUCAUUCCGACGACGGCUUCUCGGACGGCGAGGCCGUCCUCAUAGAACAAAUCGUCUCGGACGCCGACGCGGCCGCGCCGGCGCCGAGCCUAUCUAGAAGGACAUAUCCGCCUUUACCGACGGCGGACCCCGAACACGUCAAACGAGCCCAUCAGGCGGCGCAUGUCGCGCUGGCCAAAGUCGCGGCGACGGCCGUCGUCCUGCCCAUCUUCAAGCACGUGUCGGCGUCCGUGUCGCGGGGCGAGCGCAUCGACCACGACCCAAAUCCGGACCUCAGGGAGCGGAAGCUGCUCCACGAUAGGUGGCGGGCCGAGCGCACGGUGGCAAGGGCGUUGCAGGACGAGCAGGACCGCGCCGCGGCGCGCCUGCAGGCCAUCACGCGCGGCAACGCCGAGCGGAGCCGCAAGGGCAAGCGACGGCGUCGCAAGACGAGAGCGCCGCCGCCGCCGCCGGACCCGCGGCGCCGCGUGCUGCGGAAGGGCCGGUCCGGCUUCGCCCUGCCGGCGGCGCCCUCUCGUCAAGGGCGCUACCGGUCCCUGCGCGCCGCCGCCGACGACUCGGAGAGCGAGUACGAGGACGACGACGAGCCGCGGUGCCGGCCGGUGCUGCGGAUGAAGGAUAAUGUGAGGAAUUAACUGCUUAGUAG